AUGACUAACCCCUCGGUUGUCUAUCCGCCUCCUUAUGAAGACGCCGAACUCCAAGAGCGAAGACCCUCGUGCAGCAAUCUUCCGCCUGUCGACCUUGAUCAUCUGCAAAACCUAGGUUUGGACAUGGACGAGAUCAGAGAAAACGAAGAUAUGCAAUACUGCUUGCGCAAGAUGGACGCCAUGAUGCAGCGUGAUUACAAGGGUUGCAUUGCGUCGGAAGAUCUGGGUUUCGACAUCGACACGCUGGUGGCUUCGCUCGCCCGUCAUCCGGGACAACCUUACCAAGGCCCUAUUGUUCUUGUAUCCGCCGAUGAUCUCACUAGUUUCAUGGACAACGAAGCCAAGCGGCCGUUCAAAGGAGACUUCAAGCCGAGAAUACUUCGGCUUGGCGACAAGCGGCGAUCGGCCAAAGACCUCAUUCGAGAGAGAUGGGACUUUAUCAUUGUCACCCGCAGUUUCCUCCGCUCCUCGUUUCGGAGGCACUACCUGCAUCACAACAAGACAUCCGGGGCUAGACCCAAAUCAGAGAGCGCGUUGUACAGCAAGACCUGGAGAGAGGAGGGCUUGAGCAUCCGUGCCUUGGUCAUCGACGAAGCGCAGGUUUUUGCCAACAAAAUGUCCACUCUGAAAGACGAGGCCAUCAAAGAGCUCGACUGCGACACCGUCAUUCUCAGCAUGACUGCGCCGCUUCCGAACAACAUCAAAGACCUGUUCGGUCUCGUUUUCCUCCUCCCAGGGAAUCCAUUCCACAACUACAAGACCUUCAAGCAGGCUUUCCAGGUGGGCGCUGAGUUGCCUCGUGGUCUUGCCGACGACUACCAACAGCUCAUGAAGCGAUUUCUCAACGACGUCGUCUUGUCUCCACCGAAUAUUCCUUUGGGUUUUCAAGAGUGA